CAGCGAGUGAGGAAGAGAGUGGUGUUUCCCCGAGAGAGGAGAGAUGGCUUUCUUCAGCUCCCAAGCUCCCUACAUGAACCCGGCCAUCCCAUUUUCUGGAAUAAUCCAAGGAGGACUGCAAGAGGGACUUCAGAUCACCCUCCAGGGGACCGUCCAUGCCUUUGCAAAUAAGAUUAUUGUGAACUUUCAGACUGGCUUCAGUGAAAACGACAUUGCCUUCCACUUCAACCCCCGGUUUGAAGAUGGAGGGUAUGUGGUCUGUAACACGAAGCAGAAAGGACAAUGGGGGCCUGAGGAGAGGAAGAUGCAGAUGCCCUUCCAGAAGGGGAGGCCCUUUGAACUUUGCUUCCUGGUGCAGAGGUCAAACUUCAAGGUGAUGGUGAACAAGAAUGUCUUUGUGCAGUACUCACACCGUGUGCCCUACCACCUUGUGGACACCAUCGCUGUCUCCGGCUCCUUGCAGCUGUCCUUCAUCACCUUCCAGAACUCCUCAGCAGCCCCUGUCCAGCCUGUCUUCUCCACAGUGCAAUUCUCUCAGCCUGUCCAGUUCCCACGGAACCCCAGGGGGCGCAAACCAAAACUUCAGGGCAUUCGGCCUGUGCACCAGGCACCCAUGGCUCACACUGUCAUCCACACAGUUCACACUGCCCCUGGACAGAUGUUUCCUACUCCUGGAAUCCAGCCUGUGGCAUACCCCACUUCAGCCUAUCCUGUACCUUUCUUCACCUCCAUCCCAAAUGGGCUUUACCCGUCCAAGUCCAUCAUCAUAGCAGGCAUGGUCCUGCCUGAUGCUAAGAGGUUCCACAUCAACCUUCGCUCUGGGAUGGACAUCGCUUUUCACCUGAAUCCCCGUUUCAAUGAGAAAGCUGUGGUCCGAAACACCCAGGUCAACAACUCCUGGGGGCCUGAGGAACGAAGUCUGCCUGGGAGAAUGCCCUUCAAUCGUGGCCAGAGCUUUUCAGUGUGGAUCCUAUGUGAAGUUCAGUGCUUCAAAGUUGCCGUGGACGGGCAACACCUGUGUGAAUAUGUCCACCGUCUGAAUCACUUGCCAGCUAUCAACAAUCUAGAAGUGGCAGGUGAUGUCCAGCUGACCCACGUGCAGGCAUAGGCAAGGUCCCUGGCCUGGAAAGGAGGGCUGGGGCACCCUGUGUCUUGUCAUCUCUUCUCAGCCUCAGCCCUGGCCCCCAAAUCCCACUAUCAUGAGUGCCUCAGGGUUGGGGCUCUGGAAGGGGAAACUCCCAGUUCACCCCCCUCUACAAAGUGGGUGUCCUGGGCUGUGACAGAUGGCUUUCAGGCCACAGUUCCAUUGUUCUCAUAGUCAUACACUUUGAGAAGUGGCCUUUCUGGCCCUUUCCCUGCAUCCCUUCACCCUGCUGCAGGAAGGCUACCCUGAUGUCAUCCCACUGGCCUGCAACUGACCAGACUGUCCCCAUCAGUUCUUCCCUACUCUUUCCCAGUGUCCAUAAAAUAAAUAAUACUAGUUUGCACACA